GCUCUACGACAUGUAGUUAUGAUUUAGGUAUGAUUUUGUGGAUGUACUCUAUUUUCAUCCCACUGUCAGGUAUAGCAUACAAAUAACUCAGCCUAAGCCAUGGACAGAUCCAAAUGAGCUUUGGGAAAUAUUGAUUGACUUUUUUUUUUUUUUUUUUUAACCUUUGGACUUACAAACAGAGAGGGAGCCAUUGGCUGUCUGUCGGAGCAACAUGUCUGGUUAUGUGCUUACCAGAGAUGCUAAAUAAAAGCUCUUAAAUUGGAAAUUCAUCGAUAAGCCCCAAUGGACCGUGAGAUGAUUUCUCAAGGAACAAAGGACGCGGAGUGAUGCAAUGGCACUCGGGCAAGGCUCUAAGAAGUCAAUUUCAUGUGAACAGGGGGUCACACCUGCUUCUCUGAACAGCGAGGUAGAAGAUGGGGGCCAAGCUGUGGCUCCGCCCACCAGAAGGACUCGGUUCUGCAAAUGUCUCCUGGCCUUCCUCGUCCUCAUCCUCGCAGCUACAGGAGCAACACUGGCCUGGUACUUCCUGGACUACAGGGUUUGGGUGUUGGAGCCUCGUGUCCAGCAGCAGUACACAGCCUACCUGUCCAUCCUCAACAGGAACUUCUCUGCUGAUCUGUCCUCUCACAACAGCCCUGCUUUCAAGAAAGAGGCCAAGGGAGUAAAGAACAUGGUAGGGAAGAUAAUCAAGUGCUCGAGUCUGUCUCGAUACUUCAACUACACCACUGUGUUCGCCUUUGGUGAGGGGAGCGUUGUAGCUCACUUCUGGAUAGUGAUGUCUAUACCAGGAAGCCAUGUUGGGAGAGUCACACUGGAGAAGAUUACCACAAGCCUGGAGGAGGGCCUGAGGAGGUACAAAGGGUCAGGGGAGGAGGAGACGGCCAGCAUCAAUGGAUACCUCCUCCACCUCCCCUCGCUGUCUGUCAGUGAGACUGACACCAAAGUUAUAGAACUUUUGAAAGCCUCAUUUGACUGUUACCGCUACCAGAAGGUGGUGUCCAGCAGCCUUUUGCCUCUCCGUGGCCCCGACACACAGCGCUCCUCUUGCCUGUGGCACCUCCAGGCCGCCCCUGGCUCCCAGCUGGAGCUCCACAUGGAGUGGCUGCUGCCAGAGUGCCGGGACAGGCUGGUGGUGUACAACUCCCUCACACCCUCCGACAGUCACCUCAUCACAUCUGUGUAUGGCUGCAGCAGACAUGAGCGUGUGGUGCGUGUCCUGUCUUCCGGCGAGUGGAUGACGGUGGUUUGGAAACAGGGUCUGUACAACUACAAGGACCCCUUCUCUCUGUCUGCACAGGCCUGGGACCGCCAGGCAUGUAACUCCAAUAUAGAGCUGAAGGCAGUAUCAGAUGUCCAGGGGACACUGAGGACACCCUUCUUCCCCAGCUACUACCCCCCUGACACCAACUGUACCUGGAGCUUUACAUUGCCCAGUGUAGGGAUGGGCUUGUCUUUGGAAUUUGACGGCUAUGAGUUGAGCAGAGCCAGCUACAACCAGGCCUGCACCCAGGGGCAGUGGAUCAUCCAGCACCGCAGACUGUGUGGCACCAGGAGCCUGCAGCCGUACAAUGAACGCCUCUUCCUGCUCUCCACGUCCACCACUGUUGUCAUGACAUCAGAGGUGUCACUUACAGGGCCGGGCCUUCAGCUGCGCUACAGUGUCUUCAACCAAUCAGACCCCUGCCCAGGCCAGUUUCUGUGCACUUUUAAUGGCCUUUGUGUUCCUGCCUGUGAUGGAAUCAAGGACUGUCCCAACGGACUUGACGAGAGGAACUGUGUGUGUGUGGCGCAGUACCAGUGUCCAGAGGACAGUCAGUGUGUGGACUACUACAAGGUGUGUGACCAGCUCCCAGACUGCCCUGAAGCAACAGAUGAGAUGAACUGUACUGAUGGUGUGCCAUGUACGGACAUGACCUAUGUGUGCGCUGAUGGAACGUGUCUGAAGAAGCCGAACCCAGAGUGUGACUUUGUCACCGACUGCCCCGACGCCUCGGAUGAGAAGCACUGUGACUGCGGCCUGAGGAAGUUCUCCAGCCGCAUUGUGGGGGGAACCAAUGCAACGGAGGGGGAGUGGCCUUGGCAGGCCAGCCUUCAGGUGCGGGGUACCCACAUCUGUGGGGGUGCACUAAUCUCCAGCCAAUGGGUGGUGUCUGCUGCCCACUGUUUCUAUGACGACCGCCUCUAUUCCCCCUCGGUGUGGACGGUCUACCUGGGUAAACUCCUGCUCAACCCCAGCAGCCCUACAGAAGAAGUGGCGCGAGUUAAGCAGAUCCACCUUCACCAGUACUACGAUGACGAGUCCCAUGACUAUGACCUGGCCCUGCUGAAGCUGGACCGGCCUGCCUCUAUGGUGCUGGCUGGACAUGCUCGACCCGCCUGCCUGCCUCCACCCGCUCACCAGCUGGAGCCUGGCCUGCUCUGCUGGGUCACUGGCUGGGGGGCUCUUCGAGAGGGAGGCAGAACCAGUAAUGUGCUUCAGAAGGUGGAUGUUCGCCUUGUCAGCGAGGAAGCCUGUGUCCGCAGUUACGGCCACCUGGUCACUCCCAGAAUGCUUUGUGCUGGUUACCGCAGUGGCGAUAAGGAUGCCUGUCAGGGAGACUCUGGUGGUCCCUUGGUGUGCCAGGAGCCGUCGGGACGCUGGUUCCUGGCUGGGGUGGUGAGCUGGGGCAAAGGCUGCGGGCGUCCAGACUACUAUGGCGUCUACACUCGCAUCACCAGGCUUACUGACUGGAUCAAACAGGUCAUCAGCAGCCCCUGAGACACUGGGGAUGUUCAUCAUCUUUACGUCAAUAUCCUCAUAAGCUGAAGCUGGGUACAAAUGAAAAUACCAACCACAUGAGGAUAAAAAGUGUUGGAGGAUGAUUUGAGAUUGCUUCUCAGCCAAACAUUAGGUGGUAAAACAUGACAGGGUUUAUUCCAAAGUCAUGAAGUAAUAAAGCUAAUAACAGCCAACAUUAUUUAUACAGCACAGAACUGAUGCAUGCAGUAAAAAGAGACAUGCCAAAAUAGUAGAAAUGUUAGAUGAAAUGUUAGUAAGAAUGAUAGUAGGCCUCACAGAAGAUGAAUUUUUUGAAAGAAGUGAUUAAGAAAAGCUCUUAAAUGCAAAUUGAAUUACUUAAAUAAGAUUGUGUAAUCCCUUGUUUGAUUAUUUUCCUCUACAGACUGUAUCUUCUAUAUUUUAAAGAUACUGAACUUAAAGCAUUUUCCCAU